ACCGGGAAACGUCAUUGUUUGUUUACGUUCUGCAGCACACAGUUUGUUGUUACUUUUCUGCUGCGGUUUUUACAAUCUUUCUGCACAAAUAAAGUGAAAUAUCUCCGUGGAAAACAGCUUAAAACACACAAUUCAAGAUGUCUUACAUGUUAGCACAUUUGCACAAUGGAUGGCAGGUGGAUCAAGCCAUCCUGUCGGAGGAGGACCGAGUUGUGGUCAUUCGAUUCGGUCACGAUUGGGACCCGACCUGCAUGAAGAUGGACGAGGUGCUGUACAACAUUGCGGAGAAGGUGAAAAACUUUGCGGUAAUCUAUCUGGUCGACAUAACGGCGGUGCCGGACUUUAACAAGAUGUACGAGUUGUACGAUCCCUGCACGGUGAUGUUCUUCUUCCGCAACAAGCACAUCAUGAUCGAUCUGGGGACGGGUAAUAACAACAAAAUCAACUGGCCGCUGGAGGACAAGCAGGAGAUGAUCGACAUCGUCGAGACGGUUUAUCGAGGGGCACGCAAGGGCCGUGGUUUGGUGGUGUCGCCAAAGGAUUACUCCACCAAGUAUCGUUACUAGAGGGGAGAGUGCUGGUGUGUUGAGGUGUGUCCAUGUGCAUAAGGUACUGAUUGUAAUAAGAUUAAUUUUAAAGUAUUAA